AUGACGGCACGGCACGGCCCCUCCCCGGCCCUUCGGCCCCGCCAACGGCACCGGCCCCGCCUCGGCCCCGUCCCGCCCCGGGAGCUCUGGGGCCUGCACACCCCCGGCCCCGGCAGUGGAGCCGGCGGCGGGGAGCGGCCCGCGGCAGCGCUGCAGGUGAAGGCGGCGGGGCAGGCACCGCCGGAGCUCUGCCUGAGGAGAGCCCGAGCCAGGGCUCGAAGCACAGAAUCAAAGACUUCCGCACGCCGCUGCCGCGGAGCAGGCCAGGCGCCGCCCGCGCCGCCGGCACACCGCAGAGAGGACACCCGGGGCGGGACGCUGUGUGGGCUGCGGAGCCGCCCUGAGAGGCGGUCCCGGGCCGGACGGGAGAGCGGCGGCUGCCGGAGUAAGGGUCGGCGGGGAGAGGGCCUGGUGGCGGCGGGCGCGAAGAAGGAGGGCUCGGGAGAGCAGGCCACGGAGAGCCAGGGGAGGCCCCGCGCUGCCCGCCCCGGGAACCGUGCUGGGGGCAGCCUGGUGGCAGCUCCGCCUCUGCCGCGUCCCGCAGGCUGCGGCUGGGCCUGCUGCCGGGCGGCGGCUGCUGCCCCGGGCACCUCGGGGGCUCUGCUGCAAGGUGGGAGUUGGAGUGUGCGCUGCGCUGGAAACCGGCCAGCAGGACCAGGGCAGGGAUUAACCCCUGACUGGUUCCAAACCAUAAAUCAUGUGUUGGACAGAAGACAUAAGGACUUGUAUCAUGGCAAAGAGGCAGCAGAUACGUUGCAGAAGCAGGGCAAGACACACCACAUAGUUCCCUGUCGUUUAAUAAGCAAUAAAGCCAAGCACCAACGGCAUCCGAAAACCUACCCUGUUUUAGAUGGACGUAUCCCAUCUUUAUAUCAACAUGUGUUUGAAGAAAACUUAAAGAACAGUGAGGCUGUUAUUAAAAGAUGCUCAGAACUGCUGGAGACUGUCAGCAAAGGAGGGGGAGAAAAUGCAGUCCUGCGUCACACCCAGAGAAACAAGAAGCUGUUUGUUCGGGAGCGGCUGAAGUUGCUGCUUGAUGAUGAAGCUUUCCUUGAGCUGUCCCCUCUGGCAGGCCUCAAUAUGCCCUAUGGUGAUGUCCCAGCUGCUGGCUGUCUUACUGGAAUUGGGAAGAUCUGUGGGGUCUGGUGUGUCUUCAUGGCAAAUGAUGCCACUGUGAAAGGAGGAACUAUUUAUCCUAUUGGAGUGAAGAAGCAAUUAAGAGCUCAAGAAAUAGCCAUGCAGAACAGGCUGUUGUCUGUAUACCUCGUGGACAGUGGGGGAGCCUUCCUACCACUACAGUCAGAGCUGUUUCCUGACAAGCUGCAUGGUGGCAGAGUCUUCUACAAUGAAGCUAUCAUGUCUGCCAUGAGGAUCCCUCAGGUGGCAGUGGUGUGUGGCUCCUGCAUAGCUGGAGGUGCCUACGUUCCAACCAUGGCAGAAGAAGUUGUGAUGAUUGAUAAAAUCAGUACACUCUUCCUUGGUGGCCCACCUCUGGUGAAAGCUGCUACAGGAGAAGAUGUCUCUGCUGAGGACCUAGGAGGAGCUAAACUUCACUGUCAAGUCAGUGGCUGCAGUGACCAUUUUGCAGGUUCAGAGAAGGAAGCCUUCGAAUGUAUCCGAAGUGUGAUCUCUACGUUGAAUUAUGAGCCAGUGCCAGAGGAGGUCAUGGAGCAUGAUGAUCCUCUCUACAGUUCUGAGGAGCUCCUGGGGCUGGCACCCCAAGAUUACCGCUGUACCCUGCCAGUUAAACUGAUCCUGAGUCGUCUGCUGGAUGGAAGCAGGUUCCAGGAAUUCAAGGCUAGUUAUGGAAUAACAUUAGUGACAGGAUUUGGCCACGUGGAAGGGCACUUGGUGGGGAUAGUGGCCAACAACGGGGAGCUGUCCCACGAUGCCUCUCUCAAGGGCAGCCACUUCGUGCAGCUCUGCAGUCAGCGCAGCAUUCCCAUCCUCUUCCUCCAGAACACUGCUCCACAGACACCAGAGCCAAGGGACAUCCCACAGGCAGAGGCUCACUCCAACAGGUUGAAAGCCCAGGCCUCCAUGAUGGCUGCUGUUGCUUGUGCUGCUGUUCCCAAAAUCACCAUCAUCAUUGGGGGCUGUUUUGGGAGUGAAAGUUAUGUCAUGUGUGGGAGAUCUUUCAGUCCAAACUUUCUGUUCUUGUGGCCUAAUGCAAGAAUUGCCCUUGUGGAUUCAAGACAUUUGUCCACAUUGCCACAAGCUGGGGACAGUGACUGUGCACGAGAUGAAGCAGAACUAAAACAGCUGAAAGAGAAGCUAGAGGAAGAAAGCAGUGCAUUUUACUCCUCUGCCAGACUCUGGGAUGAUGGUGUCAUCCUACCUCAAAAUACCAGAAAGGUGGUUGCCCAGUGCUUAGAGAUCACAGAGCAGCAGAAGCACCAGGUGCUGUCUCCAUUUCAACAUCCUGUCAUCAGAAUGUAGCUGCAGCUAUCUCCAACCCA